AUGAGGAAUCAGACACCAGGAAAGAGGAACCAGACACCAGGAAAGAGGAACCAGACACCAGGAAUGGGGAAGCAGACAUCAGGAACAAGGAAGCAGACAUCAGGAACAAGGAAGCAGACAUCAGGAACAAAGAAGCAGACAUCAGGAACAAAGAAACAUGAGGAAUCAGACACCAGGAAAGAGGAACCAGACACCAGGAAUGGGGAAGCAGACAUCAGGAACAAGGAAGCAGACAUCAGGAACAAGGAAGCAGACAUCAGAAACAAAGAAGCAGACAUCAGGAACAAAGAAGUAGACAUCAGGAACAAAGAAGCAGACAUCAGGAACAAGGAAGCAGACAUCAGGAACAAAGAAGUAGACAUCAGGAACAAAGAAGCAGACAUCAGGAACAAGGAAGCAGACAUCUGGAACAAAGAAGCAGACAUCAGGAACAAGGAAGCAGACAUCAGGAACAAGGAAGCAGACAUCAGGAACAAGGAAGCAGACAUUAGGAACAAGGAAGCAGACAUCAGGAACAAGGAAGCAGACAUCAGGAACAAGGACGCAGACAUCAGGAACAAGGAAGCAGACAUCAGGGACAAAGAUGCAGACAUCAGGAACAAGGAAGCAGAUAUCAGGGAUAAGGAAGCAGACAUCAGGAAAAAGGAAGCAGACAUCAGGGACAAUGAAGCAAACAUCAGGGACAAAGAUGCAGACAUCAGGAACAAGGAAGCAGAUAUCAGGAACAAGGAAGCAGACAUCAGGAAUGGGAACCCGAUAUCAAGAACAAGGAAUCAGACACCAGAAAAGAGGAAUCAGAAUCCAAGAAUGAGGAACCCGAUAUCAGGAAUGAGGAACAUCAUCAUCAGGAACUAGACAUUAGACAUUAGGCACCAGACAUCCUUAGCAGAUAGAUAUUGUGCACGAGGCAUUUGGAA